CCUCGUUGUUUGAAUAAUAAUUGUGGCAUAAUUCAACAUCGCCAAACUCUUUAAUUUAUCUUAUCAUGGGCUUGAGAUUGAUGUGUUGUUCUGAUUGAACGGCUUAUGGUGGGAAGUUUUACAUCGGCGAACUAUGCCAGUCUACUCAUAGAGAGGACAAUUGUUUGCAGUCUUUGGCGAGUACUAAGCAGUUGUGUCCAUUCGGCAUUGCGACUUUUAACAUUUAAAAAUGGCUUCAAUCCAACCGAUGACUGGCGAUGGCAUUUUCAGGGGCCCUGCCAGUAAAAGCCCGAAAAUAAUGAAAACAAUUGGACAGCUGUUUAUGGAAUUGUGCGACAAACAUCCAGAGAAGAUUUUUCAGAUCGAAGCCGACACUGGGGAAAAAGAAAGCUACGCUCAUGCCAAACAACGGGCCGUGCGACUGGCUUGCGCCCUUAAAAAACGCAAUUUGGUGCAACCUGGAGACACCACAAUGGUUUGUUCGGAGAACACCAUUCACAACAUAAUCCCCAUAUUGGCCACCAUUUUCCUGGGAGGAAGUGCUGCAUCGAUAGAUCCGAUGGAAAGCGUCGAGGAAAUGGCGGGCGCUUUAGCGUAUAGCGAACCGAAAAUUAUUUUCACUGAAAAAAAGUCUGCUGGAAUGCUAAAAGAAGCCCACAAGGAACUGGAGGCGAAGAAUAACCAAAGGUAUCAAGUGGCGUUUUUUGUUAUUGGGGCUGACGAGAAGAUUGAUGGGGAUGUUGAGCGAAUAGAGGACUUUGCACUGCCUUGCCCAGAAGAAAACAAUUUCCAACUUCACCCCCAGGAUUCGUUCGAUACUGCCAUUUACGUGUUCACCAGCGGCACUACCAGCCUUCCAAAACCGGUGGCUUUGUCCCAUUAUGGAGUUCUUCACGGCUUCAAAUGCCUGGUAGAUGAAAUGGACAACCUGAACCCGGAAGUAAUAACCCAUUUCACAUCUCUCUAUUGGAUCUCAGCGAUUCUCCUCACUGGAGUGACGCUGUCCCAUGGAGGCACCAAAGUGAUCGCUCCUAAAAUACCUGCCCUAAACCUUCUGGAAUAUAUAGAGAAAUACCAGAUCACAUUCGCGUUUAUGCCUAACACCUACACCUACGACAUCACGAAACUCCCAGCAGAAAUAAUCGCCCAACAUGAUACCUCAUCACUUUACUCUAUAGCGGUUGCAGGUUCCCCAAUGGAUGCCUCCCAAUUGAGGAAAAUGAGAGCAACUCUGCCUCAGACUAAAGUAACUAUGAUUUACGGUUCCACAGAAUGUACUGCUAUCUCGGCUUUUGACUUGCAAGACUUCAAGGCGUACGAGGAGAAAAUUCUCUCAUCAGGUAAACUGGUGGCCGACGUUGAAGUCAAGAUUGUUGAUCUCGAAACGCGCUGCUUGUUGCCGGCCAACAAAGUUGGCGAAAUAUUAGUCAGAAGCCCCUACAUGAUGAAAGGCUACUAUGAAAAGUGUAUCGUCAUCCCCAAGUCCCCCUUUGAUGAAAACGGAUUUUUAAAAACAGGCGACUUGGGAUUUUUCGACAGCGACAACUACCUUUUUGUUACGGAUCGCAUCAACGACACCUUUAAAUACAAAACGUAUCAGGUGAGCCCCCUGAGCAUAGAAAGAGUUCUGCUUGAGCAUGCGGCAGUGAAAAACGCAGUUGUCUUCAAUGUGUUCCAUGAACGAGACAGAAACCAUGCAGCAGCGAUUGUAACACUUAAGCCAGGCUUUGAGAGUAGUGCGGAAGAGAUUAAAGCGUUUGCCAACGCCAGGUUGUCCGAAAAGAAUAAAAUUAGGGCCAAAGUUUGGAUACGGGAGCAGAUUCCUUAUGAAACCCAAACAGGAAAAGUGCAAAGGGCUCGUAUAAGGAAGGAGUUUUCCAAAAAAAUGCAGGAAGAGUCUACGCAGAGUUGAAGCUUGGAAAACCUAAUGUUAAUUUGUAGAACAUUAUUACGAGCAUUCAGACAAUAAAUGAAUCUUCCUUGUGUCAA